AUGCAAUGCGAGAAGCUAUCCUACUGCUAUGGUGGAGGAGCCACCAUCCACGACAGAGCUCUCAGUGAGCCGAAGCUGAUUGAUGUCGACUGUGCCUUUGAGGAAGGCUGCCGAGUACUUGUUGUGGGAGGCAAUGGUGCUGGGAAGUCUACCCUUCUGUCGAUCAUGGGCGGGAAGAAGAUGAUCCCCAGAAAUGAUUGCAAGAUCUUGGGCAAGCCGGUGUUCCAUGAUUCAACGCUUAACCGGGAGCGCAUGUACUGUGGUGAUUGGUGGCGAACUGACUUCUUCUUCAACAUCACAGUGGCCGAGCUCAUUGGGGACAAGCUUCUCAACACGCCGCGUGUUCAGGAGUUGAUCGACAUCAUGCAGAUCAACACCUCAUGGUACAUCAAUGCCAUCAGCGACGGCCAGAGACGUAGGUGCCAACUGCUGGAAUGCCUGGCGGAGGAGAAGAAGGUCUACAUCCUGGAUGAGAUUACGACGGACCUGGACCUCUUUGCGCGCGAGGGCCUCUUGCGAUUCCUGCGCAGGGAAUCUGAGGAGAAAGGUGCGACCAUCUUCUAUGCGACCCACAUCUUCGACCACCUAGCAGAGUGGGCUACCCAUGUGCUCUACUUCUCACAAGGCAAGAUUGAAUGCUGCUGUCCCCUCGCUGAGCUGGCAGAGUACCAUGCUCUUGUGGCUAAAGGCACCCGGUGUCCACUGUAUGCGCUCAUGAAGGAUUGGAUAUCUCGGAGCUAUGGUGGAAUGGAGCAGGACUGCAGCACCACUGGACCAGAAGUCGCAAAGAUUGAUGGGUCAGUCUUGGAAACCAAGAAUCUGACCUACUCGUAUGCGGGUGGUAGCCCUCAGCUCAAGAAUGUGUCUUUUCACUUUGGCCGUGGUGCUCGGAUCCUCGUGGUUGGGGCAAACGGAGCAGGCAAGUCCACCUUGCUCUCAAUCCUUGGUGGAAAGAGGAUGAUCCCGCGUGGGCAUGCCAGCGUCAUGGCGAAAGAUUGCUUCCACGACGGGGGCGUCUCGCAGCACAUCAUGUACUGUGGUGACUGGUGGCGAACCAAGUUCUUCAUGAACUUGACUGUCGGGGCUUUGCUGGGAGACAUCGCCAAAUCCGAUCGCUGCCACCACCUGGCCAAAGUGCUGCAGGUGGACAUGGAGUGGAAGAUCAAUGAGGUCUCCGAUGGCAUGCGCCGUCGCUGUCAGCUUCUGGAAUGCUUAGCAACUCCCCGAUCGGUGUACUUGAUGGAUGAAAUCACUUCAGACCUGGAUCUGUACGCUCGCGAGGGUAUACUGAACUUCCUCCGAGCAGAGUGUGAAGUUCGCGGUGCCACCAUUUUCUACUGCACUCAUAUCUUUGACCACCUAGAGGGCUGGGCCAGCCACUUGCUCCACCUCUCGCAGGGGGAGGUGGUGAAAUUUUGCCCCAUGGACGACGUCACAGAGUAUCACGAUCUCUGCAAGGAGGGUAACGCAACCCCUUUGUACUCCUUGGUGAGACGAUGGAUCUACCAGGAGUACGAUGCAAGUGAGGGCGCGCAGCCCUGGAGGAAACUGGCGAAGACAGAGGAUGGGCGUUUGCCGAACCUGGGCCUUGCGGGGCCUUUCCAGAUGGCAAGCGGAUGA